ACUGUUGCCACGCCCUAACGAGACGCCCGAAUAAAGUUCAACGAGUGACCUCCAGCUUCAGAUCAACCGCAGCUCUGGUUCCUAGAAAAGUAUUUCUCUUCUACACGGAUUCAACGACUGACCAGUCAUUUAAAACCUUAAAGUCACCUCCUCCUCCUCCUCUUCUUCUUCUUCACUCAACUCAUCCUUUCAUUGGGAUUCGAGUGGGAAAAAGAAGGAAUUCCUUUGAAAGAUGAUCUGCAUCCUCUUCCUUGUCCUUAGUGAGGUGUGAGGGGGAAGAAGCAGCCUGUGUUCAAGGUGACAGCAGAGGACCAUUGGAGAGCAGACAGGUCAGUUUCUGGGUGAAGUGAUGGCUGGAUGUUGUGCGUCGGCGGACAAUAAGGAGAACCAGAGGAUCAACGAGGAGAUCGAGAAGCAGCUGCGCAGAGACAAGAAGGACUCGCGCCGGGAGCUGAAGCUGCUGCUGUUAGGUACUGGAGAGAGUGGAAAGAGCACCUUCAUCAAACAGAUGAGGAUCAUACACGGAGGAGGAUUCACAGCUGAGGACAAGAAGAACUACAUCAAACUGGUUUACCAGAACAUCUACACGUCCAUGCAGACGAUGAUCCGAGCCAUGGAGACGCUCGAUAUAUCCUUCACUGAUCCCCAGAACAAGGGCCCUGCAAACUCCAUCCUGGAGUUGGAGGUGGAUAAGGUGGAGGAUUUGGAUGAAAGCAUGGCGACGGCCAUCAAGAAUCUGUGGACCGAUAAAGGAAUACAGGAUUGCUACGACCGCCGCAGAGAGUACCAGCUGUCAGACUCCACCAAAUACUAUCUCACCGACCUGGAUCGAAUUUCUCAGCCGUCCUAUGUGCCCGACCUCCAGGACAUCCUCAGAGUCCGAGUGCCGACCACAGGUAUCAUUGAAUACCCGUUUGACAUGGAGAACGUCAUUUUCAGGAUGGUGGAUGUGGGGGGUCAGAGGUCAGAGCGGAGGAAGUGGAUCCACUGCUUUGAGAACGUCACCUCCAUCAUCUUCCUGGUGGCGCUCAGCGAGUACGACCAGGUCCUGGUGGAGUGUGACAACGAGAACCGGAUGGAGGAGAGCAAGGCCCUGUUCAAAACCAUCAUCACCUACCCGUGGUUCCAGCGCUCCUCCAUCAUACUUUUCCUGAACAAGACUGACAUCCUGAAGGAGAAGAUCAUUCACUCUCACUUAUCCACUUACUUCCCUGAAUUCACAGGACCUCAGCAGGAUCCUGGAGCAGCCCAAGAAUUCAUCCUGAAGAUGUACCAAGAACAAAACCCGGACAAGGACAAGACUCUGUACCCUCACUUCACCUGCGCCACAGACACAGAAAACAUCCGCUUCGUCUUCGUCGCCGUCAAAGACACCAUCCUCAGACACAACCUGAAGGAGUUCAACCUGGUGUGAGGAGGAGGAGGAGGAGGAGGAGGAGGAGGAGGAGGAGGAGGAGGGGGAGAGCAGCAGAGGAGACCAAGGGCUUCAGGAGGACAGAGACAUGAAGAGAGGCUAAUUAAGAUAGAAUUACAUAAAACAAAAGGAUAACCUUUUAGGAUGAAAUAAGAUUUUAUUGUCAUGUCGAGAAUGUGAAAAUUAGUGGAAAGUUAGAUCAUGAAUUGUUAUUUCUUAGAUUUAAUUUCUGUGUAAAGAGUGUGUUUUAAUUGAUACAUAGUGAGAGAGUUAGUACAGUUCGGCCAUGUGAUUUAAAGCAACACUAUGCAGCUUUUUUGGCCUCAUAAUAAAAGCUCCAAAAUAAGUUUGAUGGUUCACUGACUUAGAAAAGGGAGAAUGGUGAAACUUUCAUUCCCACUCCUCAUCCUAAAUGUCUGUUCUUGCUCUAUGUGGCAUGAGCGAGCGGCUCCGUUCUCCUGUGAGACUGACUGUCGCAGCUUAAACGGUCAGAAUCAGGCCCAACAAGUUCAAGAGCAAUACUGAAAUGUUUAUAAGUUAAAAAUAAUUAAAAGUCUCCAACUUUU